UACGCUAUCUCCUGAAACUAAAACACCGAAUUACACAUGCUGCACAUGCAAUGAAGCUGAGGACAAUGAAGCUGCACAUGCUCUUGAAAAAUGGGGAUUCUCCAUGAAAAGGAAAGGAAUUAUUCUUCGCGACCACUUUCCGCAGGCAGUCAAAAGAAUUGUGCUGAAGGAGCAAGAGGCUAAUCCACACAGCACACAGGAGGUCACCUGUACAGUACAUUAG